GUAUUUAAUUUACCCCUUGUAUUUAAUUUACCCUUCAGAAUGAUGAUCUGUUUUAUAUUCAAGGCUUUGCUUGCAAACGCGGUAGCUUAAGGAAGGGCUGGUAUUUUAUUUGAAUAAUCUCUUUUCUUUCAGGUUAAAUAACAUUUGUGUUUUAAGUAGAUAAGAUAACAGUUCCAGCAGCAAUAAAUUUCCUGUAGUCGCGCUAUCUUUUUUCCCUAAGCAUUUCUAACUAAGCAGUUGGCCUUGUUAGGAGCUUUUGUUCAGCAUCAUCAAUUAGUGGCUUUCCUUAACAGCGGUGUCUGUUAGCUUUGUUCAUUACAAACAUUUUCCCUUUCAAACAUUUCUGAUAAAUUGGGAUGUUUUAUGGCUGAGAACUUCAGUCCAUUUUUUUCUCGAGGUGACAUCAGCGCUGAUGUUUUCCCCAGCUUUUCUGCUGAAUGUUUUGUGAGGAGGAUAUCGCUGUCACUUCUAAAACAUGCAGUUUUUACUUCCUGAGAAAUGAAUGAAGGGAAGGAAUAGUUGGAGCACACUCCUGUUUAUUACAUUGAACCAUCACUUUUCUCCCUUGCACUCACACCACGCUGCUGAUCGUGACGGUGCGUUUGAAUUCAUUCCUACCAGGCCUUGCCUUCAGAGAUGGUUUGGGUUCUUUCACUCUCAUUCACAUCCAACUAAACUGGUUUUGUACCCUUAAAUGUGUGAUACCACUUAAUGGCUUUUAAACUCCUUUCUCAUGUUGGCCAUUUCUUGAGCAAGGGUACCAAAAGGAGAGACAAAGCAUCUUGGGUGCAAGCCCUCAUUCUGGCUCUUGCAUCUCUGUCUCCCCACAGCACAGUAGCUUUUGAGUGUAGAAGACCAAAUUGCAUAUAUUUUUUUAAUCUUUCUGUGACUUAUUACAUGUUAUUUUCCCAAGGUCAUUAGAUUCAAACACGAAUAUUAACAUAAAUAGAGCACUUUGAUGAAGAGGGCUAUUAUGUCAGUGCUAGAAGUCAUUAGACUGUCUCCAAUCUAAGGGAGCUUGUUGGAUUUUGGUUUCUUUCUUUCUUUCCAGAAAUAUGCCUCAGUUUGGUCUUUGCCAGGUCUUUGCUGAAUGGAUGCACUGAGUGUUGGUGAGGACAGACUGCAUCUCCUGUAAGAGAGGCCAGGCUCUUUCAGAGGCUCUGUCAAGGGGACCCAAAGACAGUUUAGGAAGGGGAAAAGCCCUGCCCAAUGGAAGCUCCCUCCCUCUUAGCGUUGAUUCCAUAGGUUUAACCUUAGCUGAACCCAUAGGCAGAUGCCCCAAAGUGGUGCUCUUUAUUCUAUUAUUUCUCUGUUCACCAUUGCAUCUCUUUCACAGCUGCUCCAUGCUGGAACAAACCAUAGCCAGUUUGUGUUAGAAAAUAAAGUGUGUGCCACCUGAUGAAAAGGUACUUUUUCCAAUGCAAAGUUCUUAAUAUAUAGUUAACGGCAUCCGUCAAGCUGCUACGUGGUGAAGUGGUUUGGCUCAUGAAAGAGCCAUGUGGGAAGAUACAAAUCACCUUAGUCUGUUUUACUUUACAAGUACUUUCAGAUAGUGAUUCAAGUUAGUGCAUGAGGGUGUGAGAGCUUGCAUUAUCACAGCACUGCUCCUUAAGGAUGCCUGGUGGAACUGCCAUGGGACCAUGGGGAGUCUGGCUCCUUGGGCUCUCUGCAGUCCCAUCACAGAAGCUCGAUGCUGGAGCGCUCUGCAGCUUGCUGAGUUAAAUGCUCUCAGUGCCACUUGCUCUCCUCUCUGAAACCCUUUCUCUGCCAUCCUCCUCAAGUAGUCUGAUCUUAGAGCUGAGCUCAGGCUGUGGAUCUUACAGAGUCACCUCCUUUGGAAACUGCACCCACAUGACUGUUCUUUCGUUUUCUCUGCAGUAAUCUGCUGGCUCCUCCGUGACCUUUCUUCAUGAGAAAAACCUGUAUACUUCAAAGGUCUCUCAGGACAGUGAAACUACUUUGGUUCUGUCAAACAUGGGUGCAGAAAGAUUUCUCUCAUGCAAAAUUACUGACUGUUAUCUCUUUCUCUUUUCAAACAGGUCUUUUCAAGUAAGAUUCUUUCAACUAUAAUCUCUUCUGCGUGUUCAGUCAGUUGAGUGCAAACCUGACGAGGAAGAGACUCGCUCUCUGAUCUGAUGGCUUUUCUUUGGCAUAACCUGGACCCAGAGCAAGGAGGGAGUAGGAAACGCCAUCCAGAGCUGUGUCUGCACUAGGGGGCUGUGCUUGCAUGGCGAUAAGAGGAUUAGAAGUUUAGAGAAAGCUUUGUCCUCCUGUGGUAAGCCCUGAUAACAAACUUUGACUCAGUUAGCUGCUGCUUACAGCACAUUCCUCAUUGGAACAUAUCUGCAAUUGACCUUGACAUGGAAAAAAUAAACCCAGUGGAAACAAAUUGGUGAUGAUCUCCGUCUAACUGGAGAGCAAACUUCUGAUGUGAGCACUGCAGCACUGUGCUUUUGGUAGCCCUGAGUCUCUGUAGAUGGCUGGAGUGUUUCAGGACAUUCCUUCAUUCUGAGAAGUGGCCGUGGCCAACCAGCUAGAGGCUGCUGAGCUGCCCUGCGGUGCAAGAGGUAUUCUGGCAGGCAGCCCUGUGUUAAUUUUGAUGGCAAAGCUGUCUGAUCUUUUCCAGCUCUGACUUUUAGGUUCUAGCAAAGUAAAAAGCUGCCCUACACAAAGGUGACUCCACGCCAGGAGAAAGGGUUCUGUGCUCCUUAGAGGGAAUUAAGGGAGGUAACUGAUCAUUCUCUGUAGCUGAUCCCAUUCUGACAGUUCUCGUUACAUCAAAUUUGAGCACUCACUCUACCAUAUGGAAAAAGGGGGGGUUCUGUCUAGGACACUGCUGGGGUGGGUCUCCAGUGGUGCUUGUGUCUUGACCUCAGGCAGUGCUUCCAUUCUUCCUUUGUUAAACGAGCGAUUUGUUGGAUUCCAGGGACCCCUCGGUAACUCUCCUGGGCUGGGAGAGAAUGGUCAGUAAAAUCUCCCAGGUUUCAUCACAGAACAAUUCUUAACAUUCACGUUGCUCAUCCCUAGGAUUGAAGUUUGUCACAUCAGUAUCACAGCAGCAGUGAAAGAGCUGCUAUCUUGGCAGGUGCUGGAACACCUUCCUGGCUCAUAAUGCUGAGGAUAGCACUCAGCUCUUCAUAGAGAAAUGUGAGAGAAAAUUGGUUGUUAGAGCACGUAAAGGGAGAAAGGAGCAGACGAGUGAAAGCCCACAAAGCUGGAUUGAUUGUAAAUAAAUCACAGGGAACUGGAACUUUACAUUUCCACUUGCAAACGAGUGGCAUUUCAUUAAUGAGGAGGCCCCCAGCUGGAACUGACAGCCAAGAGCAUGUUUUUUCCAUCUUGUUGCCCUGUUUCAAGGGAGACUUUUAUUGUGAGUUUCUGGCUGCAUCUAAAAGCGCCGAAAAACUUAUUGCAGGAAACAGGGCUGUCAUUUCUCCUUGUGUGCUGUGAGCGAGUCCUCAUCGGUUCAAGUGACAACACGUGCAGGUGCCUCUCUGCUUUUUCCACGACGGAGGCGGCUUCUGUGACCGAGUUCGGCUUAAGGACAACCGAGCGGAAGGUUUGGGGAGCGAGAGCUGAGCGUGCACCGUCCGAACCCCCCGAGGAGCCGCGGGGACCUGUGAGCACCUAUGAGAGCAGAGCACAUCAUGCGAGCAGAAGGGUGAGCACAGAGCGGAUCCCUGCCUGCCCACACUUGACAUUACUGGGACCACAUCUCUCAGCAGGAGGAAAAGGCGCUUCGUUCACCGAUGCUAAAAAUGGGAGGCAGCAUCUGUCCAGCAGACAGGGAAAAGAAACUGCAGGCUUUGCCUGUGGGACACCGCAGGUUGUGCUGCAGUGCUGCAGCCCACGGGCAGUGAGGGACAGCAUGGCUCUCAAUGUGCUCCUGCACAACCGCAGGGCUCAGCUCCUGCUGCUCAACUCUCUGACGUUCGGGCUGGAGGUCUGCCUGGCUGCUGGCAUCACCUACGUGCCUCCAUUGCUCCUGGAAGUGGGAGUGGAAGAGAAGUUCAUGACCAUGGUGUUGGGGAUAGGACCUGUCCUUGGCCUGGUUUUUGUCCCACUGAUUGGAUCCGCCAGCGACCACUGGCACAGCAGCUAUGGCCGAAGGCGGCCGUUCAUCUGGGUGCUGUGCCUGGGAGUCCUGCUGAGCCUCUUCAUCAUCCCUCACUCCAGCACCCUGGCCAGCCUGUUUGCCCUCAAUCCUCGCCCUCUGGAGAUCGCCUUCCUCAUCCUGGGCAUUGGGCUGCUGGAUUUCUGCGGUCAGGUCUGCUUCACCCCGCUGGAGGCACUGCUCUCAGACCUCUUCCAGGAGCCAGAUAACUGCCGCCAGGCCUUCUCCAUGUACGCCUUCAUGAUCAGCCUUGGGGGCUGCAUUGGCUACCUGCUUCCAGCCAUUGACUGGGGGGCCAGCUUUCUGGCCCCGUACCUGGGAGGACAGGAGACGUGCCUCUUCAGCCUCCUCGCUGUCAUUUUCCUUGGCUGUGUGCUGGCCACACUCUUCGUGACCGAAGAAGCAGCCGCUCAAGCAGAUGCUCUGGAUGGCCCAGCACUGAAGGAUGCUCUCCCUAAGCCCUCGCCCUCUGCCUGCUGCUCUUGCCAGCUCUCCACGAGCCUCCUGCAGGCCAGGCACAUGAUGCAGGCCCUGAGAAACCUCUGCACGUUGGUGCCACGGCUUCACAGCCUCUACUGCCGCAUCCCCAAGGUCAUCCGGCGCCUGUUUGUGGCUGAGCUCUGCAGCUGGAUGGCACUCAUGACUUUCAUGCUGUUCUACACUGACUUUGUUGGGGAAGGGCUGUACCAUGGUGUCCCCAGAGCCAAGCCAGGCACAGAUGCCAGACGCCGUUAUGAUGAAGGUGUCCGGAUGGGAAGUUUGGGACUCUUUUUGCAAUGCGUCACCUCCAUUUUCUUUUCGACAAUCAUGGAUCGGAUGGUGAAGCAGUUUGGGACACGAGCUGUGUACCUGGCCAGCGUGGUGUUCUUCCCUGCUGCUGCCUUUGUCAUGUGCCUUUCCCACAGUGUCACUGUUGUCACCAUCUCUGCUGCUCUGACGGGCUUCACCUUCUCUGCACUCCAGAUCCUGCCGUACACGCUGGCAUCGCUGUACCAUCAUGAGAAACAGGUAUUUUUGCAUAAAUACAAGAGCAAAGAGGAGAGAGACGCAGCUCGAUCUGACAAGAAAUCAUCCUUCCCCAAAGGCCACCUCUCCAGCCAAAAGCUGCCUUACCAGAACGGACACCCCGGGGGCCUCUACUCCUCAUCCUCCUCUUCCUCCUCUCCCCCAGCUGCCAGCUCUGCCCUGUGUGGCAGCUCCUCCUGUGAUGUCUCACUGAUGAUGAUGGUGGGCGAGCCGGAUUCGGUUCCUCCGGGCCGAGGGAUCUGUUUGGACCUGGCCAUUUUGGACAGUGCUUUCCUCCUCUCUCAGGUUGUCCCCUCUCUCUUCAUGGGGUCCAUCGUCCAGUUUACGCAGUCGGUGACUGCCUACAUGGUGUCAGCUGCCAGCUUUGGCCUCGUGGCCAUUUACUUUGCAACCAAAGUUGUCUUUGAUAAGAGUGACAUGGCCAAGUAUUCGGUGUGAUGGCGAAUGCACUGGGGGCAGCACAUAGGUGCCAAGAUGAGGGGUGUGCACAUCCCCAUGGCUGCUUGUGGGGUGCUCCAUGUUGUUUGUGCUGUCCCCGUGCUGCUGCUGGGAGCCCCAGUGCUGCUCUGGGGCUGGGGAUGGCAGAGGGGUGGCAGGGAUAAUCUCAGGUGUAAAUAGGAAGCACUGGGGGCAUCGUGCUUUGGGCCAUCAGUGCUUUCCACACAGUGCCUUUCUCACAAGUAAGCACUGCACAGCCAACACCAAAGGGAUUGCACUGGGGGGAGGAAGGAAUCGGGCUUUUCCUUUAGUAAUGGGUGUGGGGAGGGGGGAAGAGCCACUGGCUCUCCUGCCUUCCAGUGAUGGAUGUAUCCUCUGCCCCCACUUGCUGCAGUUGUACUCAACCUAUUGAGUAACGCUUCCUCAAAGAGGACACUGAGAGGAGAUUCACCUUGGAAGAAGGAUGGGAGCUCAGGUUUGGCUGUGGAGCAGGAGGGAUGUGUGUCUGUUCUGACAGGGAGAAACCACCCAGGAGAAAAGUCACUAUGGCAUGUUCUGGAAAAACAAGGAGCGUUUCCUUAGGACCGAUUCCAAAAGAUGACUUAUCUUUUACCUAGGCACCAAAUUGCAUCAGAUGGAAAGGACUGCUUAACAUUUUUAUUUCUUUUUUUAAGAAUGAUUCUUUUUAGCUUUCCUUUAGCUGGAUAACUGACCUCUCUCUCAGUGCCCAGAACAGCCUCCUGCUCUCUCCCAGCGCCUCCUACCAGAUCCAGUCUGAUCUGCACCCCCAAACCCGACCCCUGAAUGAUGCUGCAGCAUCACGAGGGUUCAAUCCUGCAGCGAGGGAGGAGAACAGGCAGAGCUCUCCAUGAAGGCGAUCUGGGAACCAAACACAUCUCAUCAAAUUCUAAUCUGCUCCAAGUGCCUCUCAAUCCCAUAACACUGGGACCGGUGCUGCUGGGUUGGUCAGCCCUCAGAUGUGAGUCACCUCCUGCUGGCCCGAGACAAGUGAACCAGCUGCACCAAUGCUCUGCCACUCAGAGAUCACCCCUGUGCUGAGCAGGAGCUGAGAUCCCAGCUUGCAGAUAGCACUUAGGUUCUGAAAUGGUGCAGGCAAUGCCCAGAGUGAGGCAUCUGGAGGCAGGGCUGGGGGCUGGGACUCAGCAGCCCUCAGUUUCAGCUGCAAACAAAGUGUUUGUGACCAAUUUUCAGUGGAGGUGUGUGGGCAGUGAGAUGUGCUGGUGAGGCACUGCUGAAGGGCAAAAUGUUGCUAUUUUUGCAAGGUGGUGGCAGAAUAUUCCUUGGCAUGGAAGUGAGAUUACUGCCCUGCUGUUUGCAGGCGGGUCCUAAGAGGGCUUCUCCUCACUGCUUUAAACGCAUCUUUCCCGUAAGGGGUGACUUUUUGUUUUAUUUCUCCUCAAAUUAUAUGCCUACCAGCUUCCCUUUCCCACAAGAAGCCCCGUGUGCUGAAAUGCAGCUGUUUUGGGAAUGGAUUUGCAGCUGCGUGAGCAUCGACGGAAGCGGUUUUGUGUGUGUGCUUCCAGCCCUGGUCUCCGUCCACCCCAGACUUCAGGGGGAAAUCCUGCAGGCAGAAGGUUGCUACCAAAGGUGCAGCACUUCUUGAAUGCUCGCAGGGAUCAGUAACCUUUGCAAAGAGGUCCCUGCAUGAGUUGCUGGAACACUUUGCCAUUUGUUUAAGUGCCUGAAGAGUGCUUCCACAACACAGCCCCGGGUGUGCAGGUGGGAUGAUGAGGGCCUUGAGAGCUUCGUUAAGAGCAUCCAAGUGAUGCUUGAGAGAGCAGUGGGCUCAGGGGGUUGGCAGCCUUUGCUCUGAACAUCUUUUGCUUUGCAAUGUCAGAGCCAAAGGUGGGGCAGUUCUUCAUCCUUAACUUCAUAGCUGUCCCUCGAGAGCAGAAGGCUGAAAUCUGCCCAAUUCCUCCAUCCACAGAGGUGGCUUUGGAGAAGUGAUGUACCAAUGGCCAGGAGUGGCUUGUGGUGACAUUGGGUGCUGCAGGCUGGGUGUCCCAGCUGAGCUGGAGGGCCUGAAGUCAGUCCAUGCUGGUUGGGGCCUCCACUCUGCCCUCUGCCCUCCACUCAAGCCCUCUGAUCACCCAUCCACAUCUGCCCUGUGUUAAGGCUUUGGUGCCCAGGUCUUGGUGGCAACUCUGAUCUUACACAUCCAGGGAGGUGCCUGCAUUUCCUUCAUUUAUGUUCUGAAAAGGCCAUUGAGCCCAUGGCUGUGGCUAGCUGCUUUUGCUGCUUCAUUCCAGGUCGGUGCCUGGGCACCUUGGCCUGACCUGGGCGAUGGUUGGUGACAGAGCUCCUUCUCUGCAGAGAUGUGGUCCCAUCUCACCAUCCAUUCACCUCCUGGCUGUGCUGCUCUUGUUCCAGUCAGCUCAGCAAGUGUGAGAAGAGCUCCUGGUUAUCUACCAAGAGGCUCUCUGAUUUCUCAGCUCCCUCUCCCCCCUUCUUUCCAUUUCCUCAGCUGGAGUGAAACCCUGCGGAUCCUGUAAUUGCUCCUUUCCUCCUUGCCCUCCUAUUACACAGGAGAAAUCUGCUGGGCCCUCUGCCAGCUCCCAACACAGUGGGCAGAUGGGUGCAGGGAGGAGCUCUUGCCAAAGCCGUUGCUCUUUGCAAACCCUGUCCCCUGCGGGAGCCCAAACCCAGACAGAUGGGGGCUCUCUGCAAGAGAGCGCUGCAGAAAACCACAGUGUGCAGCCUGGUCCUGGAUCAUUACCAAAAGCCUUUUUUCCUAGGUCAGGAUGUCACUGAGGCUUAAAAGAGAGGCAUUUUCCAGGAUACGUACUGAGAAACUGCUCUCUUCAUAAGAUUGUCCUUUCUGGGUGAGCAGUGUGCUGCUAGGACCAGCUCCCUGUGUCUGCAUCCCACACAGCCCAGCAGGGGACACAGGUAUGUUCUGGUAAAUGAAAGCACACCCCUUGCACACUGUUACUGAUCUAACCAGUGCGAGCACAGAAUUCUCCUUUGGACUUGAUCAUAGUGUACAAUUUGUAGGUAUGGAUGCAGGCUUCUCAGAGGCUGUUGCUGGGAGCCCUUCUGUUUCUGUAGGUGCACUUCUGCUUGGGUGAGCCACGCUGUGCCUCUCCUUUCCUAUUGCAAGGUGGUGAUUCUGGGAUGUGGAGGGGAAAAGGGAGAAAGUAUUUUCUAACAGGAGAUGAUUGCUGUGGAUUCUCCGGGUGAGGGAAGAGCGUUUGAUGCUGUUUUUUCCUUUCGAGAUCACAUAUUGUCUGCGAGACGCGAAUGUUUUAUUUAUUCAGUAGAGUAAAUAUUUUGUAUACGAUGCGAGAAGAAGGCUGUUCUAAUUUUAUUAUGUAAAGGAGGAAAUUAAAGGUGUUGGACGGACGGAC